AGAAUGGCCAUGGCUACUCUAUGCAACCUUCCAAGAUUCUUUUAUGAAAUCCUCUGAUAAACCCUGUAACUUCAAUAACAAUAAAGAUCUCAAAUUUCAUUUCUUUUCAAUAAGGGUGUGUCCAUCCAUGGAGAGCACCGACUCGUCGACUGGCUCGCCUCAGCCGAAUCUUCCACCGGGCUUCCGAUUCCACCCCACUGAUGAAGAGCUCGUCGUUCACUACCUCAAAAAGAAGGCGUCUUCAGCUCCUCUCCCCGUUGCAAUUAUAGCAGAAGUUGAUUUGUACAAGUUUGAUCCAUGGGAGCUUCCAGCUAAGGCGACGUUUGGGGAGCAAGAAUGGUACUUUUUUAGUCCGAGGGACAGGAAGUAUCCAAAUGGUGUGAGGCCAAACAGGGCGGCGACUUCAGGAUAUUGGAAGGCUACAGGGACGGAUAAGCCUGUUUUAUCCUCUGCAGGGAAUCAGAAAGUUGGUGUAAAAAAGGCUCUUGUUUUCUAUGGAGGAAAGCCUCCGAAAGGGGUGAAAACUAACUGGAUUAUGCAUGAGUAUCGUCUUGUUGAUAACAAAGUUAACAACAAGCCUCCUGGAUGUGAUUUGGGCAACAAGAAAAACUCUUUAAGACUUGAUGAUUGGGUGUUAUGUCGAAUAUACAAGAAGAAUAACACAACUAGACCAAUGAGUAUUCAUGAUAAGGAUGAUUCCAUGGAAGAGAUUCUUGGGCACAUACCGCCGUCGUUGAUGGUGGGUGGCCACGAGAACGGGAGGCUGAAUCUUCCAACAAAGGGCACCAACUAUGGAACAUUGUUAGGAAGUGAGCAUAAUUUUUUUGAAGGUAUGAUGAGCCACGGUGGAAGUCUUCAUACCAAUGUCUCAAGUAUUUCUCAGUUGGGUGCUACUUCAAGCUCAAAGCCACAGCUGCCUAUGGAUCACUCUCUGAAAAGAACUCUUCCUUCGAUGAAUUGGACAGACAACGACGACAACACGACGGCAGGGCCUCCGGUGAACAGGAAGUUUCAUUUAGAAAGCAAUGAUGCAAGCCUUGAAAGAACAGAUGGAAAUGGUUCAUUUGCAAGUCUUCUCAGCCAUCUGCCGCAGACAACUCCAUUGCACCAGCAAUCAAUGUUGGGGUCAAUGGGAGAUGGGAUUUUUCGGCAUCCGUAUCAGCUUCCAGGAAUGAACUGGUACUAGUAUAAAUAUAUUUUAUACACUAAUGCUUGAGUGGGAAAAAAAAAAAAAAGAACAAAAAACAAAAAAGAUUCUUGAGAUAAAUAUAUAUAUAGAUUAAAAGAUAAUUAAUUAGCUGUGAAACCUUGGACUGUAUGGAGAUUUUGGUUCGUAGGGAAGAGAGAUUAGAGACUCAUUAGAUGGAUAUCAAUGGCCUUGGGUUUCUUAUAAGUGUUUAGCAAGGUAGCAGCCAGAAGAUCAUUGGGCGAGGCCAUGUAUAAAUUUAGAUAAAAUUAAAACUAUAUAUUAUAUAUGAUUGAUUAUUAAUACGUACAGAUUUGCUGGUUAUGUUGUAAUGCAGAAAGCAAAUUGUUGAGAGUGGUUGGUCUUGUUGUAGAAAAAUAAAACUGAUCAAUGUUGUUACUUUGGUUAAUUUGGAUAUACAAAACUCUAAAUUAAACUUGUCA